AGAUUGCGAAGUGGGGAGAGAGAGAGAGAGAGAGAGUGCAUCGGAGAUGAUUCGAGCAACCGGCGGUCCGCUUCUUUGCAUCGGAGAUCUGCUCAGCGACGUCGGAGAAGAUGUUGCUCCUCCCGAGUCUCUCCCGCCAUCUCCGUCUUCUUCGCUCUCUGAGUUCAGCUCAAGCACCUCUCGGCCGUCGGACCUCCCCAAGCUCUUCCAGGAAAACUAUGACAGUUUGAAUGAGGCGCUUGCAAGAGGAGACCACUCAUGGACUGCCCUAACAUUAAAGCUGUGCAGUUCUCUGGAAGUGGCUAAUAAGUUGGUCCAAUCAACCCACGGGAGUGCCAGAUUGCUGUUAGAAAAGGUUGAAGAGCUUGAGAAAAUUGUUAAAAGGGGAGAUUCGGCUGUGGCAGCGGUGAAGGCCAUCACCAUGUCUUCCGUUGGUGAUGGAAGGCCUUCUAUUGGCAGUGAACAUGUCAAGUAACCUGUGUAUGUGGGAGCAACUGUGGUGAGUUUCACCAGAUUCGUUGGCUGUGCUGAUUGUGGAAUUUUAUCCUACUGUCUCCUUGGAGUCCUUGGAAUGGAUUA